UCCACAGAAGACACGUUACACCCGCUCCAUGCCACUUAGUAAUAUAUUUGCAAAACACCCGCUUUGUAUGAUUUAAAAAAAAAAUCGAACUUUCCUCGUCGUUUUCAGUGGGUAGUGAACGACUUGUAGUGUUUUCGUGUUGCUUUUCCUCUAUUCCGGUUGGAUUUUAGAAAGGGCGUGUUUGGCUGAAUCUGGACCGGGAGUUGCAGCUCUCGUACUUGGGGACUCGUGAGGAAUGACAGCAACUGAAAAGUCACUGCAAUCCGCCUGAAUGGACACAAUGGAUUAUAAACAGCUUGGACAUCAUUUCGAGCAGAAGCUGACACUGACAGAUAAAUCUCUGCCCUUGCAAGGUGACUCUCAGUCCAUCCACAAUGGCGACAAAUGUUUGGAGAGCGUAUUUCUGACACCAGACGACUCGGCAAUCACGGACCUUUCUCCCAAAAUUGAGUCCUGCACCAAAGCAGAAACCCCCACAGAGACAGAUGCCUUGUGCAAGACGGAUAAGUCGGCCCCAGGCACUAGCGGCAGCCCUCAGCCCAAGAAAGAUGCUAUGAACUCAGAGCAGCGACAGAAGCUCGCCAAGCAAAGGAGAGAGGAAAGAGCCAAAUAUAUUGAACAGCAAACACAGCUGCAAGCGGCAAAGAAAGCUCAGUGGCUGGAGAAGGAGGAGAAGGCCCGGCGUCUGAGAGAGAGUCAGCUGGAGGACCGCAGGAAGAAGCUGGAGGAACAGAGACUGAAGGCUGAAAAACGCAGGGCCCUUCUGGAAGAGAAACAGAAGCAGAAACUGGAGAAGAAUAAGGAGCGAUACGAGUCAGCCAUCAAGAGGUCGACAAAGAAGACGUGGGCCGAGAUCCGUCAGCAGAGAUGGUCUUGGGCGGGUGGACUCAACCAGACCUCCCGCAGGGAAAGCAGAUGCUCAGCCUCCACGGUCAACUUGCCAAGACAGGUGGACCCUGUCAUUAACAACAGGCUGUCCAAGUCCUCUGCCACGCUCUGGAACUCCCCCAACAGAACCCGCAGCCUGCGCCUGAGUCCAUGGGAGAGCAGGAUCGUGGAGCGGCUCAUGACGCCCACGUUAUCCUUCCUGGCUCGCAGUCGCAGUGCCGCCACCCUCCUCAACAACGGUGACUCUUACUCUCACCACUGCUCCCGUUCAGCCUCAGCCAGCCCGCUCAACGCCUGCUCCCACCACCAGCACCAGAACUCAGCAGAGCGCUGGAGGCUCUCCUCGGCCAGCACGCCCGACAUCACCCAGCGCCAACGACAACGUAACUCCGCACCGGUUGACAAAAAGAAGAAAGAGAAGAAGGACAAGGAGAGAGAGAAUGAGAAAGAGAAGAGCGCUCUCACUAAAGAGAGGGUACAGAAGAAGAGACACACCGCAUCGCCCACCACAAUCACAAGGAGGUCCCAGCCAGAGUCCAGCACCCCCAAGCCAAGAACCAGACCUCCAUCGCCUGCUCCUCCCAAAAGUCGUCCCUUAUCGCCGUUGGUACCAGCGGCGGGUUCCAAGACGCCCACGGGUAAGAAGACACCCCCUCCUGGCUCCAAGACCCGACCCAAACGGGCCCAGACACCCGCCAGGGUGCAGCCCCAGACAGUCACUACGAUCGUUGUGGAAACGAGCCAAGAACCAAAGGAGUCUGACACUCCGCAGGAGAAAAAGGACUCCAGUAAUGUCUCGGCUGCUGCACCAACUGCAUCUCCCGCCCCCAGCCCACCAGUUGUUGAGGCCUCAGCUGGUGCUGCAGCUAAAGAAGAGCUCCCCACUCCAGCUGCCUCUCCCGCAGUCAACUCCGCAAGCAAUCCCGCCGCCCCUGCUGUCACUGUCACGCCACCAGUCACGGCGGCCGGCAGGCCAUCGGCCGGCACCAACGACCCUGAGGAAGCCGCUCGCGUCCUGGCCGGAAAACGCAGACAAGCGCGGGAGCAGCGGGAGAGAGAGGAGCAGGAGCGGCAGGAGCAAGAGCACAAGAAUAGGAUCCUCAAGGAGGAGGCGAUGGCGCGGGAUGCAGAGGAGAGGAAGCGCAGAGAGGAGGAGGCUCGCUUCAUGGCAGAGCAGCAGCGUCUGAGGGAUGAAGCCCAGCGAGCUGAAGAGGAGAAGGAGGCCGAGGAGCGAGCCAGAGCUGAGCAGGAGGAGAACGACAGGCUGCAGAAACAGAGGGAGGAGGCCGAGGCUAAAGCGCGCGAAGAGGCCGAGCAGCAGCGCAUGGAGAGGGAGAAACACUUCCAAAAAGAAGAGCAGGAGCGACUAGAGAGAAAGAAGCGUCUUGAGGAGAUCAUGAAGAGGACUCGCAAGAGCGACGCCGGAGAAAAAAAGGAUGUGAAGGCAUCUCCACAGGUUGAUGGAAAAGACACAGACCUCAGUAUAGGCGAAAACCUGCUGAAACCUGCUGCGAGCUCCUCCGGUCCUGUCGUGAACGGAGUGCAGUCCGCCGGUCAUCAGAACGGCGUGUCGGCCAACGGCGAGUUCGAUCAGAUGAUGCAGCUGAACAGCAGCGCCAACCCCGCUGCCCCCCAGAGUGGACUGGUCACGGGAGGAGAGCCCUUCCUGAUCAAAACAGCCCCCAUGAAACCUCAGCAUGUGGCAGAGGUCCUGUGAUUCCCCGACACAACCAUGAACACUCGCCUUAUGUCUCCGCUUCACCAUAGAGAUUCAUGCCACACCACAACUGUUUAUACGUACAGUGAAAAACUAAAAAUAGUGUGCCAAACAAACAACAUGCCUGUGCUGACUCCAUGACAACAUGCAGAAUCUGAUACGGAGGACAAAGGAGGGAGCGGGAGAGGGGGAGGAGGGGGGUGAGGGUUGGGGGCGGGGGGGCACUCAUCCAAAAGAAUGACAAAAAUAUAUCAUUCAGUAUUCUCUGUCUUCAACAUGUGUUCUGGUGCAAGUUUUAUUGAAAUGUCACAUGCAGAUUUUACAGUGCACCUUAAAGAUGACUGAAUUUUUUGAAAAUACAGUAUAAGACCCCUGGGGGAAAAAGACAUCCUGUUUGACAAUGGUGGUUAUUAUUACCGUUGUUCUGAUAUUGUUAAGUUGAACAAUGUGUGUUUGUUGUUUUUGUCGUCUUGAAAUGUUGAGUUAUUUAACAUGAGGAGCAUUGUAUGGACAGGCCACAGACAAGUCUAUGUAAAUGUAUAAUGAGCCUGGCUGCCUAUAGGCCUCCUGCUGCAGGGGAUCUGUGAAAUAAAGCUUUAUGGA